AGGCGAGACAGAAAGAUUGAUGUAGCUUGAUCAUUGCAGAAGAGACAGAAAGGAACUGAGGUGCAGCCAACCGACAGAUCUUCGAGGCCCAGUGGACUUCUCGUGUUUCUUUGAAGACUCUGCACUAGUUUGGGAUAACCAUGGAAUCCACCACUGUGACACAGCGAGUGCAAGAGGAACAGUCAUCCCGGAUGUUGCACAGCAUGAAGCUGUCCUCUGAGAGUAAGAAAAAGACCUUCAAAUCCAGCGAGGAGGAGGCCUCCUACUCAGAUUUCUAUCCCAUCAUCUCUGCGGACCUGAUGUCGGUCAAGGAGCUCCUGGAUAUCGGGACAUUCCCUCACCACAGGACAUGGAAGUUCCUGAUGGAAACUAUGGUUGCUGAAGAAUAUUAUCAUAGAAACAAGUGGACUUUGUUUGGGAAUGAGGCUGAGAAGGUGGAGCUUGAUGUGAUCAGGAACCAACACAUGCUACGCACACGUAUGGACAAAUUGGCCCUCAGGAAAAAGGCACAAGAGAAGGCAGCUGCCCACAUAAAGUACCUGGAGCGCCUCAGUCAGAAGGCCCCAGACUUCUGGAUCCCGUUGAGGGCUCACACUGUCUGGGAGGGCAUGACGGUCAAUUUUACCUGCACCGUCAAGGGCUGCCCACCCCCACGGGUCACAUGGUAUAAGAAUGGUAAACAACUGCGACUGUCAGACCAGCCAUGGAAUUACAGUCUUCGGCACGACUUUGGAAUUCACUCACUGGAGAUCAGAAGGUGCUCCCCUGAUGAUGCUGGCGAGUAUAAAGUGGUGGCCAAGAGUCGCCUGGGUGAAGCAUCUACCUUUGCAACACUCGUGGUGAAUUCAUACCAUGGAGCCCUGGCUGGUUUAGACCACUCACAGACUUAUGGUACGCAGUUUGAGCAGGAAGCAUUGUUUGACACCACCUUUCCCCCGACGUGGGUGACGGAAGGCCACAGCCUCACGCUUGAAUGUACUUUCACCUCAGCACUGCAGCCUUUCCAGCAGGAUAUCAGCUGGUUCCGAGAUGGUGUCCAGCUGCAUCAGUCUAACACAGUGGAAAUACAAACGACCGACAAACAGGCAUCCAUUACUUUAAACGCUGUGUACAAGGAGUAUGAAGGUGUUUACACAGUCAGAGUGAAGACCCGGGAUGGUGUCCAGGAGCACAGCACCUUUGUCUAUGUAAGAGAUGCGUCAGCUGCAGUCCUGGGUGGCCCGGCUUCUCCUCUGUCAGUUAAGGUAUCAGAUAUCAACAAGAACUAUGUCUUCCUUACCUGGGAGCCACCCAGCGCUGAUGGAAUGUCACCUGUCUGUGGUUAUUAUGUGGAAAGGUGUGAUCUUAGUAAUGGCAAGUGGGUCCGCUGCAAUGAGCAGAUUCAGAAAAUGUGCCAUUACCCUGUAUUUGGGCUGAAGGAAGGCGCUAUGUACCAGUUCCAAGUGAGAGCCAUAAAUCAGGCUGGUACAGGACGCCCAUCUAAAGCUUCUGAUCCUGUCCUCACUGAAGACCCAUUAAAGCACACCAGAACCAUGGUGGUCAGUGUGGGAAAAGGAAGAACAAUCACCAUAACAAAAGAUGAACUGGAAGGUCAUGUCAAAGUGCCCUCCCCACCCACAAAUGUCCACCCAUGCGAGGUGAGUGACACCUAUGUGGUGUUGAGCUGGACUGAACCAGAACCCAGAGGCAGAGAGCCACUCAGCUUCGACAUUGAAUGGACCCUGGCAGGGAAGAAUAGCUGGGAGCUGAUCAACUUGGACAUGGAGGUACAAUCUCCUCGGUUCCCUGUGUAUGACCUGGUCAAAGGCCAAUACUACUGCUUCAGAGUGCGUGCCAUCAACAAGUAUGGCAUCAGCGAACCAUCUGAGCCUAGCAGGGCGAUAACAUUGGGAGACGCUCAAGUGGUCCCAGCUCCACCUCAUUCUGUCCUGGCCAUCAGAGACACGGACACCUCAGUGCUCCUUCAGUGGAAGGAGCCCAAAGAAAAAGAUGACAUCCUGGGCUAUUACCUCUACUACUGUGAAAAAGACAAACAAGACUGGGAGACUGUCAACAACAAGCCUGUUACCCAAACUAGGUUUACAGUCCAUGGCCUGAAAACUGGAAGGGAAUAUGUGUUUCGGGUGAAAUCAGUGAGCCUUGCAGGAAACAGCGACUAUUCAGAUGAGUCACAGCCCAUCCUGGUCAAAUCAGCUAUUUAUGUGCCCUCGCGUCCCUCUGCCAUUGCGCUGCUACUGUGCACAGGCUCAGAGAUGGUGUUGUCCUGGAGGGCCCCAAAAGAUGAUGGCGGGGCACCUGUGCGUGGCUACUAUCUUGAGCAGAGGCAAAAGGACACGGACACAUGGAGGGAGGUCAAUAUCAAACCUGUGAAAGAAAGGCAGGUUAAGGUCUGCAACCUGACGACUGGGCACUACUAUGAGUUUCGAGUGUUUGCAGCCAAUAUGGUUGGAGUUGGGAAACCCUCUGAGGCUAGUGAUGCUUUCCUGUGUGAGAAAUGGACGAUGCCAGAACCAGGUUGCCCUUACGAUGUGGAGAUCAGAGAUGUGAGGCACGACUCUCUGGUGCUGAUGUGGUCAGCACCCAUGUAUGAAGGACAGAGUCCUGUCACUGGCUACUUGUUGGAAAUCAGCCAGGGUGACCAGUCAGACAAUUGGACUGCUGUGAAUGACCAACCAAUCACUGACAUGCUUUAUAAGGUGACAGGUCUGCAGGCAGGCCAAACCUACCGUCUCCGUGUGUCUGCUGUCAACAAGGCUGGACCAGGCUGUGCGUCCCUGCCCUCUGAGCCCAUCAGAACUCAGACUGAUCCAGACAAGAACAAUAUUGAAAUUGGAGUAGAUGACGAUGGCUUCAUAUUUUUGUCUUAUGAGACUGAUGAGACGACUGACAAGAGCAAGUGCCUCUGGAGCAAAGAUUACAGAGAACCCAUUGAUGAUGGGAGAACUCGAGUGGAAAGCGACGACACUAGAUCAAUUCUCAUCUUCAAUGACCCAUCUGAAGAGGAUCUGGGUCUCUACACAGUGGAGAUGAGUGAUAAUCCCAAGCAGUCCUCCAGCUAUGACUUCACUGCUGAAGACCUUGAAAGGCUCAAAGAACUCAGCUGGAAAGUCAAAAAUCCACCGAUUGCACUAAAGUCAGGCUGGCAGGUGGAGGUUUCAGAGAAUGGCACUGUGCGACUCUGGCUUCAGACAGAGAGUCUCAGUAAUGACGCUGAGCUUCGUCUCAUCUUCAAUGACAGAGAAAUCUCCAGCACUCCCCACCGCACAAUAAACUUUGACAAGGCCAAAGGUCUGGUGGAGAUACUGUUUGAUCAGCUCUCUGAGGAAGACGAGGGCUCGUACACGGCUCAGCUGAAGGACGGCCGUGCCAAGAGUCAGUUUACGUUGGUCUUUGUGGAUGAAAAGUUCCAUCAGGCAUGGGCCUUGGCGGAUGCAAAACGACGUGAACAUCAAAGAAAAUUAGGACCACAUUUCCUGGAAUUUCUGUCGUGGAGUGUGAAUGAAGACUGUGAAGUGAUUAUAAAAUGCAAGGUGACGAACACAAACAAGGACACAACUCUGGAGUGGUUUAAAGAUGGUGUGACGGUGAAGGAAGCCGAGUAUGACAAGUCAUCGGGGCUCAGCAGCCUCACUGUGUCACAGGUUACAAAGUCAGAGGCAGGCUCAUAUACAGCCGUGGUGGCAGAUGGGAGAGGAAAGGAUGUCAGUACCUUAGAAUUACGUGGUGAAGACUUCGACAAAGUUCUCCAGGAGCUGAGUAACAAGUGUGCAUUGUCAGCAGGCCCACUGAGGAUUCAGUGCACCGCAGAAGGUUUCAGGCUCUAUUGCUUGCUCAAGUACUACAUAAGUUAUUUGAAGACCAGCUGGCACUUCAAGGAAAAGAAAAUUGACCAAGAAACCAGAGCCAAACCAGGCAGCAGCAUGCAGAAAGUCUGGAUUGAUAUAUUUAACCCCACAGAGAAUGACAGAGGCAAAUACACUCUGGAGAUGUUUGAUGGCAAACAGACACACAAACGGUAUCUUGACCUGUCUGGACAAGCAUUUGCUGAUGCUUUCCAGGAGUACCAGAGGCUCAAGCAAAUUGCCAUUACAGAGAAAAAUCGGGCCAGAGUGGUAAAAGGUCUCCCUGAUGUGGUGGCCAUCAUGGAGGGCAAGUCUCUGUGCCUGACAUGCUUUGUUGCCGGAGAUCCAGAUCCAGAGGUGUUCUGGCUUCGGAAUGACAAAGAGCUUCACGCCGAGGGUCAGUUCAACAUGACCAAGGAGCGCGACUGCAGCACCAUCACUGUCAACAACAUCAAUGUGCAAAAUUCUGGCAAAUACAGCAUCUUAGUGCACAACAAGUAUGGCUCAGAUACGGUCGAUGUGACCGUGAGCGUGUACAAGUGUGGGGACAAACCUCCGGUAAAUGCUGUGUUGCUGGGUUAAGACCA